CCAGACAAUCAACAACAAACCAAUUCUCGGCACGUCGUCGGGUGUCUGGUAACAUUUGUCCGCACGAGUCUAGUUGCGACAGAAAUUUGACGGCGUCUCGGCAACACAACGAAACUUGGACGGGAAACAUGCAGUAAGCAUGAUACCAUGACAACAGCCAAACGACAAGGUGAGCAGCUGUCUGAUUUCGGUGUUUGUGAGAAGGACAGGUCUCCUGAGGUGAAGGCACACAGUGACCUGCUGUCAAAAUCAGGUCUUACCAUGUCCGGGGAUGAGCAGGCAUCGUCGUCAAUACCCACAGCUGGUGGCGACCCUCACCGACACAGGAGAAAGAGAAAUCGCCCCGUCCAGUACCGCCCAACAGAUAGCUUUGACGUUCAGCCAAGCAUAGCUACUGGAGGCUUCACUCAUGGUUUAUCAACACCACCAUCAAACUUCCAACACCACUGCAUUACAUUACCCUCUGAGAUAACAUCGACCAUACGCCAAGCAAAGAAGCCUGGAUCAGGAGUUAAUGAUCAGGGGUGUGAGGGCACAGUGCCCUCUGUUGAUGACCCUGACCCAGCGAAACCAGUAAACCUGAUGGGCAUUAUGGACAUCCACAAGACAAUAGCUAGGCAGCUUGAACAAGCGUCUUCGUUUGCAAACAGUGAGCAUCAGCCCUGCCCCUUCUGCUCCUACGUCUUCAGUAGCGUUGCUUUCCUUGCCAGACAUCUCAAAUACAGACAUGGGAUCAACUUGGAGAUGCAGGUUGACUUGCCACCAGAUACCACAGAACCAUCUGGCCAGACUCCGUAUCAGCCUACCCCAAAUGCUGACCAGGAUCCUAGCCUGAACCUUGUUUCUGCCUCUGCUAGCUUAAACUGCUCAAACAGAGGUCAGAGAAACACUGAAGAACUACUUCAACCCUCUCUAAUGAAUGGUGAUGGUAACAUAGAAUCGUGGAGCAAUCUCUCAAUUCACACACCCGAAGUUAGUAAAUCAGAGGUCAAGGGUCAGAGGUCAGAGAUCUCAAACAAGUUGCUGGACCGACUUGGGCCACCAAUGUUCAGGCAGGUCGCUGUGGACAGCCAGCCUGGGCAGCCUAUCAUUGUCUGCGACAAGUGUACCCGGGCUUUCACUACCAAGGAAGACCUGGAGCAGCACCAGCAGGUCCACAACGUGGCUAAGGCCUACCAGUGCCAGCAUUGCCACAAGCUCUUCCAGAACCCAAGCAGCCUCAAGAAACACACCAGGCUGCACACCGACGGCAAGAUCUACGCCUGUGAGUACUGCGACAAGUCAUUUGCCGCCGCUGCCUACCUCAAAACCCACCUGCGACUCCACACCAAGCAGAAGCCAUUUGUCUGCAGACACUGUGGAAAGGCAUUUGCUGCCAGCGGUACCCUCAUCAGUCACGAGAGAAUCCACAUCAAUGAUAAGCCUUAUGGCUGUGAGUUUUGUGGGAAACGCUUUAGGCAAGGUAGCCAUCUCAACAGGCACAAAAUCAUCCACACCAACCUUAAACCCCACGUGUGCAGUAAGUGCAGCAGAGCCUUCGCCGAUGUGGCAAACCUCCGCCGCCACGAGCGGAUCCACAACCAGGACAAUCCCAACGUCUGCGCGGAGUGCGGCAAGAGCUUCAUUAACCUGAGCAGCCUCAAGAAGCACGAGCGACUCCACACGAACGAAAAGCCCUAUGUCUGCCGGCACUGCAGCAAGCCCUUUGCCUCUAGUGGGAACCUCAUCAGCCACGAGCGCACUCAUACCAAUGAGCGACCCUACGUCUGCAAGGAGUGCGGAAAAGCCUUCACCCAGAGCAGCCACCUGAAGGCUCACAUGGGGACCCACUCCAUGGACACCCUCUACGUUUGCAAGCACUGCGGACGGGGCUUCACCCAGCGCAGCACCCUUUGUGUUCACGAGCGCAUCCACCUAAAUAAGAAGCCCUACACCUGCAAAAUCUGCGACAGGGCUUUCACCCAGAGCAGCACCCUAAAGGCGCACAUCCGCACCCAUACCAAGGAGAAGGCGCAUAUCUGCAAAGUCUGCGGAAAGGCCUUCUCUGCCAGAGGCAAUCUGAGAACUCACGAGCUCAUCCACACUGAUGAGAAACCAUUCAAAUGUGAGAUGUGCACUAAGGCUUUCAAACAGGGAAGCACCCUCCGUGCCCAUGAGCGUACCCACACAAAUGAAAGACCCUACGUGUGCCGAGCGUGUGGGAAAACUUUCGCUGAUGGAAGCAACUUAAAGGCUCACAUAUUAAGGAUUCACUCCGGGGGUAAUAGCCCUGGUCUUGGACUUGUCCCUGGAGGUCUCCUUGGUACAAACAGAUAAUGAAACUACCAACACAGAAGAUCCAUGUUUAACAAAUCAGUUCCUUGGUCUCAGUGCAGACCUUAAUGCUUCGCAGUCCCCAUUCGGAAUCAAUACCACAAAAACUUCAGGAUUACAUCAGCAUUAAGAGUCAACCCGGGUGGAAACAAUUCUUAAAAAGUGAUUCAGUUAACAAUGUAUAGCGAGUGGAUUGUUCAACGGAUUUGAGAGCAGACCCGAAUGAUCAUCAGAACUCUGCAGGUAUUGUGCUUGAUCUUUCAAGAGGGCUGGAAAUCCUGAGCAAAAUCCUGAGUGAGGUGAAUGCUGUUGUCCGAGCUACACAUAGCAAACUUGCACCCAAGGAUGAUGGAUCAGUCGAUCACUCAAACACUUUGCGAGCUCAGGAAGCUUUCCGUGGCACAGGAGAGCAUGCCAACUUCAGGCAGAGUCUCGUAGACGACCUUGAGCUUUCAAGAAUUUUACCACUGAACUGAGGGCCUUUGUCAAUUUCGGUAAAUUUUUCUAUGUCAGUCCCCAGUUUCAUCCGUAUGUGUUUACCCUUUUGUGAACGGAUGGCCUUUAAUUAAGAGGAAGAACGAAAACUUGUACUGUACAAGUACGUGCUUAAUGUUCAUCGUAGAGUGCCUGCCGUACAUUACGUGUGUACCCGAAAGGGGUUUUUACAUAUGAAAGGCGCUAUAAAGUCGGAUUAUCAUCUAGAAAGCACGUACAUGUAGAGCGCCCUCAAGUGGUUACAGUAGCUAUAUAUUUUACGCCCUCGUGGUAGGGCCUAAAGUAAUCUGGCUAAAAUUUAGGAUCGAAAAGUGUCUCUAUGUAUUUUAAAACUGUCAUUGGAUGGCGCUCUGCUGUUCUGGAGUUUCUUUAUUUCCUAGUCGCUAAAACAUUUUCACCAUUUGACCCACACGACUGAGUCUCUCAACAGAGGGGAGAAUUAAUGGGGCGUGUUUCAUAACGACCACGCAACACCAUGUUGUAAAGUUGACAUCUCUGUGAUGAUCCGCCCACUUUUAUUGAACCUGCACGGUAUUGUUGUCGUCAUACGUGUACCUUUCUGAAUAUGACACUGUGAAUGAUUACGAUUGGUUAGAGGUUUUGGGUGGAGAGUGCACGAGAAGCGAGGUCGGUGCAGUGGUUCGUUCCUCGCAUUCCAACUCUGUGGAUUGGGUUUUUAGUCCCUAUCGUAUUCCGUGAGUUUUACCUGGAAUAUUCCUCUACAUGGGGGUUUCCUCCCACCUCUUAAAGUGUGAUUGCUUCUCAUAGUGUCCUCUCUACAGGUUUUGGGUUUUUUUUGUUGUCGAGGUCGCUUUUCAGGAAUCCUUGGUGUCAUUACCAGAAAACGAUUAAUGAUUUUAAUAAACGUUGUGCAACCAUUUAGGAUUCAAAAUGGAUACAAGGCGUUGUGUGCCAAAAUUUGAUUGUUUUCAGCGCAUGAAUUGCUUUAAAUGCUCUUGUAUUAGUCAACACUAAUACAAGGCGAUGCUACAAAGUGCUAAUGUAUUUGAGGUUAUCACCCUUUUCUCAACCACAGUCUUCACGGGCGAAUCCAGGACUUUUCCUCGGGGAUUAGGCCGUAGAUUUUCUUUUUUAAAGUCUCAUUUUUGCGGACUAAAGACUCCUAUUUGUAUUAACACUCACCUUGUACACAUAUUAAGAAUCUGUGGAAUACUAUGUUGUUUUACCUUCCUUUUUUUAUUGAUAUUUUAAAAUUAUGUUCCCUAUUUUUGUUUUUCCUUCUUUUGUCACUCCAUCCGAGCCUGAUCUCUUACCGGUUAUUGAAGCAGCAGUUUAAGCGAUCAGUUUGAAAUGAAUGGCUGGAACUGUUUUA